UGUCGGACGUUUUUACAUUUAUUACAUAUUGAUGAAUCAUUAUGGAAAUUAACUCCUUUUUAAACCCAUUAUAUCUAGAUUCCAUAUUUAUAGACUCUGCCAAAAAUGCCUUUUCUUCUAAAUCAAUAGCAGUAAUUGAAAAUGAAUUGGAUUUCUCCCCUAAACCGUUUCCACAUUUUAUUUUCAAGAGAUUUAUAACCAAUCAAUCUUAUUUAAAGAGUUUGCAAGAGGAGUUGCAACAAAUCAAUUAUAAACAUAAGGAUAAUGAUUUAUAUAGAUUUAAUCAAUCUAAAGAUUUAAAAAGUAUUACUUUACCAAAUGUUGAAAAAUUGAAGAAUAUAAUUUACAAAGAAUUCAAAGAUGUUAUACAGAAUAUUACAGACAUACCUUUAAAUGAUAACAUUGAUUUGUUUGCCGCAAAAUAUGAUUACAGUGAUGUAUUAUUAUGUCAUGAUGAUCAAUCAGAUGGCAGAAGAUUUGCUUUUAUCUUCUAUUUAAACCCUGAUUCUUGGCAAGAAUCAUAUGGAGGCUUGCUAGGGUUUUUUGGAUUGAAUGAACAAAAUGAACCAGAUACACUAAUAACACAGAUUAUGCCAAUAUGGAAUCAAAUGAUUUUAUUUGAGGUCUCGGAUAAAUCUUAUCAUCAAGUUUCCGAGCUCAAAGCCGAAGGCAAAAACCGGUUAACAAUAUCGGGCUGGUUUCACGGAACAAAACCGCUAUUACUCCAUUUACCGUCGAUCUAUUUUCCGCUCGAGCUAUUAGCGCCACUCGAUUUCGAGGAAAACGCGCUUUACGAUUGGAUCAAUCCCAACUACCUGAUCGAAGACAUAAUUUCCCAAAUUCAGAUCACCUUUGGGGAAACCUCCGAAAUAAAUUUGAGUCAAUUCCUGGCGGAAGAUAAGUACUCCCAAUUGCUCAGUUACCUCGAUGGCUUAGCGGACGAGUGCUGGGAGAUCAAGGGGCCCAGAUUUAGGAGGAAUUAUUUGGUGGUAAAGCCAUCCUUACUGAAUUUGGCCAAGAAACCCAGGAAAGACGAAGUUCAAGCACCUUUACACAAUUCCAACCUCAAAAAUACUCAAACACCCACCCAAAGUAACAACUGCCUCAGGGAAUGCUGCAAUCUUUUCGGUUCCGAGGCUAUGUUCCUAAUCCUUUCAAACAUGACGGGAUUAGAAUUGCACCCUCUAGCACAACAAUCUUCCAUGGACACUACCCAAUAUACCACGGGUGACGGAUCUCCCUCCUCCGAUAAUUCUACCACCAGGGCGACUAAAAGGACGGAGAGCAUUGAGAGAAACAAGAAAAGGGAAAAGACAUUUGAUGCUGAUAAAAAAACAUCAGCUACACCUGUAAACGCCGAAUUUUCGGAUACUGACAUUGCUGACGAACGUGUUUUGGUUGACGAUAACCCUCCUCCAUCUGUUAAAAAAGAAGCCGAACCCGGAAGUGAAGGUAUCGAAGAUUACGGAUCCCGCUUCCAGAUCGAAGUUAGGAAAUUCCGACCCGGCGAUUACACCCUUCUAAACGACACCUCGAACGAGAUUGAGCAGAAAUCUCUGAAUCUUUCUCUAUUCGUUGGAUGCGAAGAUUGGAUCCCGGAUUACGGUGGUCAGGUUGUGUACGUGGAUCCUAAAGAGGAAGAACCGCUCUUAACUAUAAACCCGACCCCGAACUCGUUAGCGUUGGUUUACAAUGACGAAGGAGUAGCUCAUUUCGUAAAAUACAUCAAUAACAAAUGCACCAAAAGACCAAAUUUACCGGAAGGGAAAGCUGACAGGGCCUUCUACCAAUUAUUCUUCAAUUACUUCGAAUCCCCCGAGCCUAGGUGCGACUAAAUCAGGAAUCCCAUAUUUUAUUACACCUAGAUCUUUUCCUAUGCCCAAGUCAUUUAGUCACAAACUUAAUUAUCUAUGAAAUCCUUCUUGCGCCAACUAACAACUUCAAUAUAAUUUAUAACACCCGAUAUAUAUGCCAAUGUUAUUUAUUAAUAUGAAAUAUUUUACUAUUACUCAUCAUUAUAAAUGGUACAAUCAUUCUAUCUUUAAGAUUUUUGAAUAAUGAUCCCAUCUCUUUAAAAGAAAAUUUAGUGAUUUUA